AUGGGCGCUGGCGGCGGUGGUCUUUCCAAAGAUGCCUUACAGCGCGUCCCCCUUCCUGCGAGAAAGUCGUAUAUCUGGCUGGCGACAAUUUGGGCGUCGUAUUGCGGGGGAUUGCAUGGGUUUAACACGGCAAAUAUCUCUGGGGCGAUGAAGCUGGAUCCGUUUGUGAAGGAGUUUGGGUGGACGGAUAUUCCUGAGGACACGGAGUCGAAUUAUAAGGGAUGGGUUGUGUCGUCGAUGAUAUUGGGCCAAGUUCUUGGUGUCAUUAUCGCAGGUCCUCUCGGCGAACGACGCGGACGUAAGCCGGUUAUCCUCUUGUCGGCUGUAUUCUAUACGAUUGGUUCUAUCCUCAUGGCUGUCAACUUUGGAUCCCUGUCUGAGUUGUUGGUCGGGAGAGUCCUGUCUGGAAUCGGCUCCGGUUCUGGGAUGUCAGUUGGCCCUAUUUACAUAUCCGAAGUAGCUCCAUUGGAGCUUCGAGGGAUGAUGACAACAUUCUACAACGUCAAUAUCAUGGCUGGUGUCGCCGGGAGCUACUGGAUAAACUACGCUUCCCAGUCUGUCAUACCAGCGGAGUCCAACUGGCAAUGGCGAGUCACCAUGAUCCUGCAACUGAUCCCGGCCAUCAUGCUAUUCCUGGGUCUACCGUUCUUCCCCGAAAGCCCCCGAUACCAAAUGAUGCGCGGUCGCAUCGAAGCAGCCAAAACCAGCCUUUCCCGACUUCGCGGCGGCCUCGACGAAAAUAACGAAUACUUCGCCAAAGAAUUGGCCGAACUCCGUGCCAAAAUGACCGCCAAUGCAGAAUCUCAAGGCGCCUGGGACGCCACAAAGCACCUAAUGAAACUCUGUGUCCACCACCCCCCAACCCGCAAAGUCGUCCUCUUCGUAACCCUAAUCCAGCUGUUCUUCAUCUUCUCCGGCGGAAACUCUAUCACUUACUACGCCCCUACCAUCCUCCAGUCCAUCGGCCUCAACGACCGCCAGGUCCUCCUCUUCACGGCCGUCUAUGGCUGUAUCAAGCUAGCCUCUGUGUUUCUAUACGCAUUUGCAUUAACAGACCGUUUCGGCCGCCGCCCCCUCCUCCUCAUCGGCUCAACAACAAACCUAAUCUGCCUGAUCUAUCUCGCCGCCUUCCUAGGCACAUCCGACAUCUCCGCAUCCCCCUCCCCAGCAGCAUGGGUCGCCAUCGUCGCAAUCUGCAUCUUCGCAAUCGGCUACGGCUUCGGGUGGGCGCCCGCGUUCUCGCUAACAACAUCCGAGAUCUGCCCGACAAGUAUCAGGGGCACAGUGGUGAGCAUCGCAUUCAUAUUCCAGAAUCUGCUGAAUUUCGGAAUCACGCGCGGGUUUCCGAAUAUGACGUUGAGUAUGCAUUCGUAUGGCCCAUUUGCAUUGUUUGCGGCGUUUACGUUUGUCGGGACGGUUUGGGUCUUCUUUGCGUUUCCCGAGUGUAAGGGGAGGAGUAUGGAGGGGACGGAUGAGUUGUUUUCGUUGCCGUGGUGGAAAAUUGGAUUUGCGAGGGUGCCGGAGGGGGGUGGGGGUAGUGGUGUCGUGGGUAAGGAGUUUGAGGGUGAUUUAGAGAGGCAGUUGUCUGGUGUUAGUGUUGGUGAGAAGUUGAGGGAAGAGAGGAUUGAAAAUGUGGUGGAGCGGAGGACAUAA